AUGGUCUCCAAGGAAGACUUCCUCAAGGCUGCUGAAGACUCGAAGAAGCUCACCAGCAAGCCCUCCAACGAGGAGCUCCUUGAGCUUUACGCCCUCUACAAGGUCGGUAACGGCGAGGACAUCACCAAGGCUCCUGCCCCCGGCAUGUUCGAUCUCAAGGGCAAGGCCAAGAAGAACGCCUGGCAGAAGCUUGUCGACGAGGGUGUCACCACCGAGCAGGCCCAGGAGAGGUACGUUGCUCUCGUUGAGCAACUCAAGGAGAAGUACGGCUACGACGCCGACAAGGUCCCCGAGGCCGUUGGAUCGUAA